GACGUCUUUCUCCUCAAGCUAGCAGGUCCACAAAAGUCCUCCACAGCACACUUUCAGCUCUUUUUGGACAACAUUUUAAGACACUUGCAACUACGAGACGCAGCGUGAGGUUUGCCCAUAAAUUGUGUAUAAAACAUUUUGGACGUUUCGUCAAGCAGAUGUUUUGCUGAGAGUUUGAACGAGGAGAAGCAUUGCAAGAGAAGAUGCCAUCCUGUGACUGCCUGACUUGGAGGUAAUGGAACAUUGGACCAUGUUCUGCAAUGUUUGCUGAUGCGGUUGUGGCUUUGGGAUCGCUCAGCCAUGUUGGAUCCUGGAUGUGCGCAAGAGGACAUCAGCCUGUUUAGCAGCCAAAAUGCUUUCUCACACAAACAAAUGACCUGCACUUAAAUCUUUUUCCUCCAACAUCAAUGGAGAUUUAAACUGUGUGUGUGUGUGUGUGUGUGAGAACGUUUAUGAGAACCAUGGAGGAGAUUUGGACAUUCCCACCAAUGCAUUAAAAACCAUCAAAGACUUAUGGGAUAAAUCACAGCUUUACUACAAUCUGGACCAGCCCUCUGUCCCACAAUGCAUUGCUCGUUGAGAAAGAAAGCACUAACACGUGGUUCGGACUUCUCGGCCAUCGCCGUCCCCUCCAUGCACGGGUCUGGGUACUUGGACUACACGGUGGAAAGCCACGCGUCCAAGUCCCUGCAGCUCAUGGACGAGUUCCGACGGCAGGAGAUGCUGUGUGACUUGGUGCUGCACGUCACGCACAAGGAGAAGAGCAUGGACUUCAAGGUGCACAAGGUGGUCCUGGCCUCCUGCAGCCCCUACUUCAGAGCCAUGUUUACCAGCAGUUUCAAAGAGUGUCAAGCCUCAGAGGUCACCCUGAGCGACGUCUGCCCCCAGGUGGUGGGAAGGCUCAUCGACUUUGCCUACACGUCCCACAUCAUCGUGGGGGAGAAGUGCGUGCUGCAUGUCCUUUUGGGAGCCAUGAGGUUCCAGAUGGAGGAUGUGGCCAAGGCGUGCUGCGACUUCCUCACCAAGCACCUGGAGUCGUCCAAUGUCAUCGGUAUCACUCGCUUCGCAGAGGAGAUCGGAUGCGUCGAGCUGUACAAGCAAGGCCGGGAAUACAUCAACACACACUUCAGUGAGGUGACCAAAGAAGACGAAUUCUUCAGUCUGUCUCAUUGCCAGCUGCUGGAGCUCAUCAGUCAGGACAGCAUCAAGGUGCUCUGUGAGUCAGAGGUGUAUAAAGCGUGUACAGACUGGGUCCGCUGGGACAUGGAGAAUCGAGCCCAGUACCUCCACGCUCUCUUGAAUGCUGUCCACAUCUACGCUCUGCCCCCCAAAUUCUUAAAAAAUCAGCUCCUGUCAUGCCCCAUCCUUAGCAAGGCCAACGCUUGCAAGGACUUCCUCUCGAAGAUCUUCCAGGAAAUGACGUUGAGGAAGGUUACUCCAGCGCCCAUACGUGGAACACAGCUCAUCUAUGUGGCCGGCGGUUACCGGCAGCAUUCCCUGGCUACCAUGGAGGCUUACGACCCCCGCAGGAAAGUGUGGAUAAAGCUGGCCGACAUGGCCGCCCCCAGCAGUGGCCUGGCAGCGUGCGCCCUUUUCGGGCUCCUCUACACUGUCGGGGGCAGAAACCUGUCACUGGAGAACAACACAGAGUCCGACAUGCUGUGCUGCUACAACCCCAUGACUAACCAGUGGAGCCAGCGUGCCCCCCUGAACACACCCCGCAACCGGGUCGGGGUGGCUGUGGUGGACGGCUGCAUCUACGCCGUGGGCGGCUCCCAGGGCUCCACGCUGCACAACACUGUGGAGAGGUGGGACCCGGAGUCCAAUCGCUGGUCCUACGUGUGCCCCAUGUCGGUGGCCCGCAUGGGAGCAGGAGUGGCGGCCUGUGGGGGGGCCCUCUAUGUGGUGGGUGGCCUUGAUGGACCUAACCGCUCCAAUACGACAGAGAAAUACCAACCGGACAGUAACACCUGGCACCAGCUGGCACCCAUGACCACUGUACGCAGCGGUCUAGGGUUGGUUUGCCUCAACUCUUACUUGUACGCCAUCGGAGGCUAUGACGGACACCACCCGCUGGCCACUGUGGAACGCUACAACAUAGCCAGGAACACGUGGGAGUCCAGGGCGUCCAUGCAGAGCUGCAGGAGUGCGCACAGCGUGGCUGUGCACCAGGGGCGCAUCUUUGUGCUUGGAGGCUUCAACCAGCACGACUUUCUGUCCAGCGUGGAGUGUUACUGCCCCGAAAGGAACGAAUGGACGUACGUCACGGAAAUGUCGAGUGGGCGCAGCGGCAUGGGCGUGGCCGUCACCAUGGAGCCGUGUCCGGGCAGCCUUCCGGAACAAGAAGAAGACGACGACGAGCAGGACGCCACGAACUGAUGAAGGACCAACACACGGAAGCUCCUCUAGGUGGUGCUGGUUUGUAAGUGGGUCGAGACAAACACGGUGGCCUUUUUUAAUUUAAUAUCGCAGGUGGACGUUUGCACGGAGAAGGACACCAAAGACUUUCACUGAAUGUUGGAAACAAAGGUGCUACAAUUACCGCAAAUCCAUACUAUUUAAUUGGUUUUGAAGACCUUUGUCUUAUUGCAUUUCUACCUCUCUGCCCAACCCCCCCGACACACACACUUUAAAUGAGCACUUUCUUUAUGCGGUCACCCUGCUGUGCCAACAUAGUUUCAUAUUUACACUUGUUUACUGUAAUUCAUGGAAAGCUCGUGAAAGGAAAUCGUGUAUACUGCAGAUAUUUAACAAAUGCCCCACAAUUAUUCAUAACAAAAACAUGUCAUUGUUUGACAUGAUUUGAAUAAAGUAAUUCUAUUUAUGCAAUACGGCUAAUGUUACAUGUUUUAAUAGUCAUCAAUUAGAAUUAUAUCCCUGCUCUUACUUUGAGACAUUAAGAAAUAUGAAUACAAAUAUUUUGUGUAGUUUUUUUAAAAAAAACAAUCUGUAAAAUAAAUAUUAGUGGAUUGUAUUUAAAAAAAAGUAAUGAUUAGAAUUAUAUUACAAUAAAAUAAUAGCCCCAAUGGUACAGUAUUAGACCAGGGGUGUACAAAAUGCGGCCUGGGAGACAUUCUAAAAAUGCAGUUAAACAAGAAAAUGGGGGGGGGGAACUGGAGUAAUUUUACAAGAAUAAAGUUAAAGCAUUUGGAGAAUAAAGUCAAAAUAUUAUGAGAAAAAUGUUGUAAUUUAACUAGAAUAAAGUCAGAAUAUUUUUAGGGAAAAAAUAUGAUAACAUUUAAUAUAACUAUAUAUUGUUAUAAUAUAACAAUAUAAUUAUUAAAUCAAAUUAAUUGAAGUGGAAAUUUAAAGAAAAAAAGCCGUUAUUUCUAAAGUCAUAUUAUGAGAAACAAAAGAAAAACUAAAGGAAAAUUAGGCUGGGAAAGAUAUAAUAAAAUAUAUCAUAAAAAUAAUAAAUAUGGAAAACAGACAUAAAAAAUAAUAUUACAACAAUCAAGUCAAUGAUGAGAAAAAGAACAUGUAAAUGUUGAAAUAUUUGUCAAAAAAACAACAAAAAUGGAAACCCAAGCAAAAAAAAAGUGUAAUAAAAAGACAAAGGUUGAUACUAAUAGAAGGCUUUUUCACGUACAUCACAAAGCUGACAUGCAGGCUGUUUUUUUUAAAAAUAUAUAUAUCUACUUGGGCUGGUUUACAAAAUGUAAAAUGUCAACGUGGCCCAUCCAUCCUUUGAUUUUUCAGUAUGUGGCCCUCCAUGGAAAAAGUUUGGACACUCCUGUAUUACAUCAUUAUUAUGUAUUAUUGGAUGCUGCAUAUGAAGUUUACAUGAUGAAAUUACCAUAAAUUCCGGUGUAUAAGACGCUACUUCUUUCUUAAACUUUGAACGCUGCGGCUGAUGCAGCAGUGCGGCUAAUUUAUGACUAAGUUGUAAUCUCGUGACAUAUCUUUUACUACAGAACGACUGCUGAUCGUUUAUAUACUGUGCCGCUUGAGUCAGUAAGGAAAUGGUAGCGCUUUCUUUGUCAGGAGCCAAUCACGUACUAUAAGUGAACUGACGACCAGCUUGUCAGCCCACUGGAAAUCGCAGGAGGUCAUUAUUCAAUUUUACAGUCUGACUCAAGGUGUCAUCUUACGAAGAACACUGAACUCAUCACAUCGCAACUUAGCACUCAAAAAGGUACCUCGGCAAUAUACAAGUGCCGAUAUGAGUUUAAAAUGAAAAAACAGCUAUUUUAACAUUUUCCCAUAAUGCAUUGCGACCACGCAAAGCAUUCAUUGGUGCCUGCCGGGGCGCUGCAAUGAUGUCAGCCUCCCUCUGGGCUCCUCUGGCUCCCUCUGGUGGACAGAGACAGCAUUGCAGCUCCAUCCAUCCAUCCAUUUUCUAUGCCACUUGUCCAAUGAAAUGCUUUGCUCAGAUGAAAUGCAUUAUGGAAAAACGUUCAAAUACUUAGUUUUUCUCGUACUUGUAUAUUUUCUAGGUACCUUUUGAGUGUUAAGUUGCUGUGUGAUGAUUUUAGCGUUCUUUGUAAGAUGUCACCGUGAGUCAGACUGUUAUUUUGAGUAAUGACCUCCUGUAAUUUCCAAUGGGUUGACAAGCUCGUCGUGAGUUUUCUCAUAGCUCAUGAUUGGCUCCUGACAAAUAAAGAGCUGCCUGGUCCUCACAGACUCGUGCGUGCCACAAAAUGCCAUUUUAUGAUGUGGACACAUGUGGUCUAUAUAUGUGCAAAUCUCUUUUUCUUUCAAAAUGUUGUCGAUGCGGCGUCUUAUACACUGGAAAUUCCGGUAUUAAUUCCCUGGUCAAACUUCAGAGUUAAAUUGAUUUGUUGUUGUUGAUGAAUGUGUAUCUUUUCGUUGGAAAUGUCACAAUGUGCCAAAAGUCUGUAAGUCAAAGACAUUAAUGCUGAUAUUUAUAUUUUCAUUGAUUUUACAUUUUAAAAAUACACAUUAGAUUUUUUUUUACUUAAUAUAAUUGUAUUUUGUAUAUUCAGAAAUGAAUUUUGUGUGUAAAACAAUUUUGUGAAAAUGUACAAAUGAUUUGUUAAUAAUUUUGAAUGUAAGUAUUUUUAUGAAAUAUUAGUCUUUUUCGACAUUUCCAGCUGAAAGACACCCAUGUAAUAAAAAGAACGUACUUUCAUGCAGUCAA